AUGGACACUAGCCUUAAGGUUAAGACCUACAUGGUGUACAUGAGGCUUAUCACUACGCCUUUGCAAAUUUUUUUUUUAUUUUACAGAAAAACUGAGAAAAACAAUGUGACGUAAUAUCUCCUGAUCCGCGUGCUUGUAUUCUCAUUGGUUGUUUUCAACGUCGUCUCAUUAUUAUAAAUAUUAUAUAUUUUUUUUAAUCUAGUUUAUGAUAUACAAAAGGUAGAAUACUAAUUUGUUGACACAAUUUGUUUUUGUGUAAAAUGUGAAUUUUACAAAUAAUCAUAGUGAAAUUUGUAUCAUUAAGAUAUUAUCAAUAUCUUAUUUUUUUAUAUUAAAAAUAUAUUUUAAAUAUCAAAAAGAAAAUGGAAGGAUUUCACAGUUUUACAGACGAUGAUGAUUUAAAUUUAGAUGAUGUCUCUGGAUUUGAUGUUACAGAAAUAUUGCGUUGUUCUGACGAGUUGCUUCAUGGAGAUCUCAAUGAUGACUCAUAUUUUAGUGUUUUAAGUGAACCAAUUAAUGAUGAUCUUCCAUUACUCAACAUAUCUAACGGAAUGGAAAUUGAUAAUUUUGAUACAAUACCGACAUCUGAAUUACAUAAACAAUCUCAAUCUCCACAACAUCAGCAACAACAACAACAAUUACAGCAACAAGAACAUCAACCACAACAUCAAUAUAAACAAAAACAAAAGCAAAAAAAAGUAAUCGAUAUACAAUCUGAAUCAGAGCAAUUAAAUUGUCAACAAAAUCAACGAGUGUCAGUUGCACAACCAAUUCCAACAAAUGUUUUCAAUUCACAAUAUACAACUAUACCACAAAAUGUUAACUUCAAUGUACAAUCACCAGUUGUUACAUUGGCACCUGUCACAGCGCAUCAAAGACAAUUACUUUUACCAGCGCAAUUAAUAAAAUCUGAAUCUCUUGUAUAUCCUGGAGCUACACAAGCAACAACAACAACAUCUGUUUCUCAUCAAAUUCAUACAUUUGUAAAUACUGCAAAUGGAACCGUAUUAGCUACAGGUAUUCCAGUUGUUCUUGAAACUGAUAAAGUACAAAUAAAUCGUUUAAAUACAACAAAUACACAAAUUUGUGUACCAAAACCACGUGAAGGUAAAAGAACUGCACACAAUGCAAUUGAACGACGUUAUCGUACAUCAAUAAAUGAUAAAAUAAUUGAAUUAAAAAAUAUGAUUGUUGGUACUGAUGCAAAAUUAAAUAAAUCAGCAAUAUUAAGAAAAACAAUUGAUUACAUAAGAUUUUUACAAAAUCAAAAUUCGAAAUUAAAAACAGAAAAUAUGGCAUUAAAAAUGACAUCAAAACAUCAAAAAUUACAUAAUUUAUUGUCAUGUGGUGAAUUAACACCACCAAGUUCAGAUUCAAGUGAACCAUCAUUAUCACCAGGACCAAUAGCACCAUUAUCACCAGCAUCACCAGUUUUUAUAAAAGAAGAAAAUGAAAAAUCACCAUCACCAUCAAAAAUAAUAUCAAAUAAUCAAAAUAAUAUAUCUGGAUUACGUGAUCAUACAAGAUUAACACUUUGUGCAUUUUUAUUGGUUUGUCUUGCUUUUAAUCCACUUGGUAUGGCACUCAAUAAUGUUGAUAUGUUUUCAAGUAAUAAUUAUGAAGAACAUGUUGAACAUGGUCGUACAAUAUUAACACAUUCAGAUACAAAUGAUGAAAUUCAAGAUAAUUAUUUAUCAUCAUCUAUGAAAUUUUGGAAAAAUGAUAUAAUAAUAUGGUUUAUCAAUGGAUUAUUAUUAGCUGGUGGAUUGUGUCGUUUAUUAUUAUAUGGUGAUUCAGUUAUACCAAUUGAAAGUAAAAAUUUUUUGGAACUAGUACGUUGGAGACGACAAGCUGAAUUUAAUAUGUCAAUUAAUGAAUAUGAAAAAGCAUAUUCAGAUUUGGCAAAUUGUUUACGUUACUUUGGUCGUUCAUUGCCAUCAUCACGUUUCGAUAUUUGGCUUGCAACAUUGUGGCAAAUUGUACGUCAAGUACUUCAUAAAUUAUUAAUUGGUAAAUGGGUUUUAUUUAUUGGUAAAUGGAUUGCUGAAAAAAAUGAUAAAUAUGAAAAAGAAGUAUCAGCUGCAGAACUUGCUAUUUGUUAUGGAAGAUUAUUGAGUUUAAAAUUAUCUGAAGGUUCAACUGACGGAUUGUUAUUUUUAACAUUAUCAUCAAUUAAUUAUGCUGAAGCUGCUGGUGAUAAUAUACAAAAAGUGUCAUUAAUUGAAAUUUAUAUUAACGCAGCAUUGUCAUUUAAAAAAUCAUUAUUACCAUUUGUUCAUAAAUAUUAUUUGGCUAAAGCAAAAAGUAUUUUAUUAAUAACUGGUGUUAAUGUACCACAAAAAUAUCGUUGGAUAUUAACAGAAGAAGGUACAAAAUUUUUAUUAUCUGGAAAAUGGAAUUAUGGAAUACAUAUGGAUGAUUCAAAUGAUAAAUUUUCUUUAACUUCACAAAAAAGUAAAACUGAUCCACUUUCAUAUGCAUCAAGAGCAUACAGAGAACAUUUAAUAACUCAAGCAAUCAAAUUAAUAUCUGGUACAGCAACAACAACUGGUGAUUCUUAUGCUUCAAAAACAUUAGAAAUUUCAAAAUCAAUUAUAUCAUCAUCAAAUGUUGAAAGUUGCUUUCCUGGCUCAAAUUCUGAUCAUGAUAAUGAAUCGAAAGGAUAUGAAGAUGUUAUUGGUCUUUGGUGGGGUGGUGUUUUUCUAGCUGCUUCAUCAUGGAGACUUGGUGAAGAAGAUCCAACAGCCUGGAAUAUUGUUGAAACAAAAUUUCCAUAUGACAAGUUUAACAAUGAAACAAAUUCAAAUAAUUCACCAUUAUCUCAUGCUGUUUUGAGUGUUAUUCAAGCUGCUAAAAAAUCUAAAUGUAAAUCAUCAAUCAGACUCAUUGACCAAGCUGGAAAACUUUUGGAACAAUCUAUGGUUUUUUAUAAUUGUAAACAACAAUCAUCACAAAAUGUUCAGUUGAUUCAACUUUGGGUUUGUGAUUGGUUACUUGAACUUAGAACAAUAUUGUGGCAAGAGCUAUGUGGAUGUGAUAAAGGAAAUGAUCAUGCUGUUACAAAUUUCUUCCUUGCUGGUUUUCAACGAGAUUUAGCCAAACUUAGACAACUCAGUCAACAUAUUUCAUCUGUAUUACCCAGGAUUUUUUUGUAUGAGGCAACAGCAAGAAUAAUGGCAGGUGCAGCUCCAAUGAAGACACAAAUUUUACUUGAUCGUAGUUUACAUCAUAAAAAUUUAAAAACAUCAAUGAUUUGUGGAAAAGAUCGUUCACUUGAAAAUACCAGUGGAGAGCGCGAGCAUGCAGCUGCACUUUGUCUUGCUUGUCGACAUUUACCAACAUUAUUACUGGCAUCACCUGGUGAACGUGCUGGUAUGUUAUCUGAAGCUGCUAAAACAUUAGAGAAAAUUGGAGAUCGUCAAAAACUACAAGAAUGCUAUGAACUUAUGAAACAACUUAGUCCUGCAAUUUCUGUUAAUUAACUAUAUCUGGAUGAAAAAAUAUAUCUUUUUCCAAUGAAUUAUUCAUUUUUUAAUUUAAUUGUAAAAUUGUGAACUUGUAUGUUAAGUUUAGUUUUAAUAUUAAUUUUAUCAACGAACAAAAAAAUAAAAAAUUAAUAAAAUUUGCUUUAUUAUAUUUACUUUCUAUCAUAUUAUGCGGUAAAAUAAAUUUAAUUAUAAUUUAUGAUAAUUUUUAAUUAUAAUUUCGGUAUUACCAGCAAAAACCUUGAUGGAAAUAUUUCUUUGCCUUUUUUUAAGUAGAAAAUCAAAGAAAACGUUAAUAUUUUUUUCCCACUUUUAUACUAAAAAAAUCUAAAGAAAAGCAGAGAAAUAUUUUCAUUAGAGAAGACCAAGAUGGUUCACUCAGAUCGUGAUGAUAUGUACGACAUACAGCAGCAUCAACGUUGAGAAUUCUCGAAAUGGAGUUUCACACAUGUUCAAAUGCAUUAGCGCGCAGUUUUCAGCUGGUUGGAUCCAGUGAUUCAAACUUCAACUUCAAUUCAAUUCACAACUUACUGAGAUGCCAAAUAAAUCAGAUACUGUUUAUAUAAAGAACUUCAUUCUUUUUCCAAAAGUUGAUAAAUGUGACCCUGAGAAACAUUUAGGCUUGGAAAUUUCAUUGACUGGAGAUAAAUAUAUAUACAUUUCAGGCCAAGCAUCUGAGUUUGUCAGUGAUUGUAUGUCUUCUUUGAGUGAUUAGAGUAUAUUUGAGUAUAUUUAAAGUAUAUUGAAAAUAUUUAUUUUUCAAAUGAUAUAAUUUGUUGUCAUUAAAGGCAAUGGUGCACUUAAAAAAGGUUUGCUGUACAAGGUUAAUCACGGAAAGACUGGAAGAGUUUUCUAUGUAACUAGCCGUGCUCUUGGAGUCAUUGUCGACAAACGUGUACGUGUGGAACACCAUUGCCAAACCUAAUAAUGUUCGUAUUAAAUACUUGACUCAUUCAAAGCGUCGUGAAAAUUUGUUCGAAACGUGUCAAAGAAAACGAAAAACUUAAAAAAGAAGCCAAAGAAAAUAAAAUCAUUGUUCAACUCAAAAAACAACUAGCUUAGCCACUCAAAGCUCAUAUUGUAUCAGGACGUGAAACACCAAUUUUGCUGACUCCAAUCUCAUAUGUAUUUAUCGCUUAAUAAAUUUUAUUAUUAUACAUAACAUUAUCAAUAAAAGACUAUGAAUUAUUA